AUGGAUGAAAUCCAAGAUACAUUGAAAGACGGAUUGAAUGCUCAGGGCGUGUAUGUCUAUCAACCUGGAUCCAAACCGGAAAAGGCUCAUGGAGAGCGGCCUUCAAAACGGCGCAAGGUGAAGGCCAAGGACGAAGAUCAAAGAGAUGAGAUAUCACCUUUUGUUCCACUUCUGGAUGGGCAUGAGGCUCUCGAGUCAGUGCAAUUGAGGUAUAACACCUACAAAACUCUAUGGUCUGAACAGGAGAGAAAGAUCCAGGAAAUCUUGGAUGAUGUCGACUCUCAAGUGUUGGAGAACGUUUUGUCUUUUGUCAAGACAACAUCUGAAGUAUACGAUGGCUGCAUUCCUACAGCACUAGUCACUGUUGGCUCCAACGUCUCGUCACUUAGUAGGCUAUUGUCUAGACUCAAUAGCCAUUUGACAAGUCUUGAACAAGGCGGAGUAGUCGUGUUAGAGUCGGGAGAUGCGCCCAAUCUAAAAACGGCACUGAAGAAUAUCAUUCGAGGAGCCAUUACGAAUACUGAAGGAAAUGAAGGAUACCAGGAAUUGUUGACUGACCGGGCUGGUCCCAGGCUAUUGGCAUACGAUCUUGACUUGCUUAGCGACUAUGUCGAAAGAAAAAGAGUUAAGAAAUUGGUUCUUGCACUUCGAGACAGCGAAGCGUUCGACCUGGGCGUACUAACUGAUCUUUUGUCAUUGCUAAGCGCCUGGCUUGACCGCAUACCUUUUACCUUGUUGUUUGGAAUCUCCACGUCUGUUGAAUUAUUCGAAGGUAGGCUUCCCCGGUCAAGCGCCGCUCUACUUCGGGGUGCGCAGUUCGAAAUACACGACGCAGGAGACUGCGUUGAUCGCAUAUAUGAGGCUGUUCAAGGGGAGAAUAAUAGCAAGCUCUGGCUCGGACGUAAUGUCACGCGUGUCUUAUUUGAGAAAUCCAGCGACUCCUUUCAAAGCCCGGAAGCCUUCAGCAGUAUGAUCAAGUAUACGCUCAUGUCGCACUUCUUCGCAAAUCCGUUAUCUGUACUCCUUGCAGACCCUGCAGCCAACUGGCCACAGGACAAGCUCUGCGAGGCAACAAGAAACCUGCCGUCUUUCCGAAGCUUUUGUGAAAAUCUGCUUUAUGAUGGCCAUUCCAAGCAAGUUCGCGCUUUGCUAGAAGACGAUAAAUUCCUCCUCCAACAGACUAGGAAGCACCUCGAAAUCGGUCAACGGAAACUCAAGGCUAUAUUCGAAGCCAUUAGAGUCAUUCGCAUCGGUCUUCGAAACUUGAAGCUCUCCAAAAGAACGAAUGUUGGGGAUUUAUCUGUCGAUGCCCUUUCUGGGGAUCUGUACAAUUCACCUAUCUUAAAAGACCUGCUCAUGGCAGUUAAAGCUCUCGAUGCGAAAAGCCUCGAAGACUUCCUUACUGUUCUGCCAGGGAACCUUCUUGAAGAUCCGGAGUUCGAAGCGAUGCAGGAGGAUUUGAGGACUUUGACGCAGGCAUACCACGGUGCAGAGCCACUUCGCAGUAAAUACGACAGUCUCUAUUCCACGGUAGGAACGACGGUUGUUCGACAACGUGUGAAGCUCUAUACGGGCAAAGUCAGAGUGCCUGAAGAGGUUACGGAAUACACUACGAUCGUCGAGCGCUUAUGCGAUAGAGCAGAUGCGUACUUUGCAGAGACCUUGAUCAAGCCGCAGGAUCUAUUUUUGCACGAAGUCUUCCUAUUUGAUUUAAGGAGUCCCCUCAAAGAUGCAUUUACUCCAAGACCCCGAUUUGCCGUUGAACGGGCAUUAUCCAGCCCGUUUGAUUAUUUGGUCUCUACGUCGCAGGCUGUCAGACUUUCUGCACAACAGCCGACCACAGCCAUUUUAUAUCAGUUAUACCUGGACUCUGGUGCUUUGGUGAAUGUCUAUGAUCUAUGGCAAACAUUCCAUUCUGUUUUUGAGAAUGUCGAAGGAGAUGAUUGCAAUGAGCGCUUGACUAUGACACUAUUCUAUAGGGCGCUGUCAGAACUGAAGACCUUGGGAAUAGUCAAAAGUAGCCGAAAGAAGGCCGAUCACGUCGCCAAAUCGGCAUGGUUAGGCUUAUAA